CCUUCACUCGUUGAAAACCACCACCUGAUUUGAAGACAGCAAUCAACAAGACCACAAUCAAGAAUAUGCCUCAGAAAAACCUCUUGACAUAACAAACAACUACCCCAAAGCCAAGCCAUGUCAACACCAAAUCCAGACUUCCUCCGCUUCACCGGCCACAAGUCCUUCACCCACCGCCUCCUCCUCUCGACCCUCACCGGUCGUCCCGUCCAUAUUUCGGGCAUCCGAAGCUCCUCGCCGACCGCACCAGGCCUCGCCACUCAUGAGGUCUCUUUCCUCCGCCUGCUCGAGGCCGUGACCAACGGCUCCUCGAUGCAGAUCUCCUACACCGGCACAACAAUCACCUACCACCCAGGCCUCAUCACCGGCACCAUCGCCGGGUCGGGCGCCUCCGCCGACGACGUCAUCGAGCACUCGCUGCCGGCCAACUGCACACGCGGCGUCACCUACUUCCUGCUCCCCCUGGCCGUCCUUGCCCCCUUCUCCAAGGCCCACAUGAACGUGCGCUUCUCCGGCCCCGGCGUCAUCACCUCCGCCACAGCCACAGGCGACAUGUCUGUCGACAGCUUCCGCACCGCCAUCCUCCCGCUGUACGGCCUCUUCGGCAUCCCUCCCGCCCGCAUCGAGCUCAGAGUCCUGCAGAGGUCCUGCCCCGGCCCCCGCGGCGGCGGCGGCGGCGGACUCGUCGAGCUGCGCUUCGCCAGCCAGGUGCGCCUGCCCAAGACCCUCCACCUCAACCGCUCCCCAGGCCGCAUACGCCGAAUCCGUGGCGUCGCCUACUGCACCGGUGUGUCGGCGAGCAACAACGCCCGCAUGAUCCACGAGGCGAGGCGCGUGUUGAACCCGCUCGUGUCGGAUAUCCACAUCGCCGCCCAGUAUGAUCCCGCGCCGCUGGUCCCGGACAAGAACACCCCUGGCGGCAAGGGGAAGAAGAAGCUGGGAAUUGGGUUUGGGCUGAGCCUGGUCGCUGAGUCGAGCGUGCCUGGGGUGUUGUACUCGGCCGAUGUGGUGGCGCCGCCCGAGGGUGGUGUGGUUCCUGAGGAGAUCGGGACAAGGUGUGCCUAUCAACUGGCCGAAGUGAUACGGCAGGGUGGGUGUGUGAGCUGGUCGGGAGCGAGGACGGUGCUUACAUUAAUGGCAAUGGGAUCAGAAGAUGUCGGACGGUUGAGGAUAAGUAAGGAGGCGCUGGGCACAGAGGAGAUAUUGGGACUGGCAAGAGAUCUGAGAAAGUUUGGCGCUGCAAGUUGGGGCUUAAGACCUGUGGAUGAUGAUGACCCAGAAGACAUCAUAGUCUCGGUCAAGGGCACUGGAGUUGGAAACGUCGGCAGGAAAAUGGCAUAAUUGCCAAGAAUUUGAGACGACAUCAUCAUC